AUGGCCAGCAAGGACGUUCCACCUCCUCCCAACGUUGUAGAAACUGCUACGCAACCGAUCAAUCGACCCCCACCUUUUCUAUUGCCUUCGGAAGUAACGGCACAUUCUACCAACCUUAUCCCAGGAUCGGCACCAUUCACCUUCGCUUACCCUGAGCCCUCGGCAUUGUGGCUUAGUCGCGAUAUCCAACAUGAAGACUGGGCUGCUUUUACUUCAAACCUCGUCAGAGCUGGGCGUUCUGGUACCACCGGCGGCACACCCCUUCCAGCGGAUUCGAAAGGACAGCAGCCAAUGUCGGCUGCGCAAGGCCCUGAAUACGAGGAAGAAAUCAGCCGCAUGCGCGAAGAGCUCGCUCGAUGGAACGAAACAUUCUUCAAGCCUCGAGGAAUGAAAGUCGUCUCAGGCGAGGAUUAUCGUGCAGAGCCACGGCCAUCGUCCUCCCAGGCCCAAAGUGGCAGCUCCGGAGGCGGUGCCGACAAGAGGUGGAACUUUGGGCCGGACAAAUUCGGCUUCCAAAUCGGAGGUGCCCUGUUGGGAAUCGACAUGUCUAAACCCGCCAAGGCAAGUGAACCUCAACUGAGGUAG